AUGUUCGCCUUCGCCCGCCUCGCUGCCCUCUCCGUCUUCGCCGCCUCCGCGCUCGCCGCUCCCGUCGAGCUCGAGCUCGGCGUCGGUGCCGGCGUCGGCGUCGGACUCGGCGUCUCGUCCCACAACGGCGCCGUCGGUGCCAGCGUCGGCCUGAGCGCCGCCGCCGCCGCCGACGCGCACCACCGCCGCGACGUCGUCACCGCCACCGUCAGCUCGCUGCCCUGCAUCAUCGCCGAGCUCACCACCAAGAUCACGCCCAUCACCGUCGAGCUCUCCGCGAUCACCGUCGCCGAGGUCGACCUCGUCGCCAAGGUCACCCCGCUCGUGAACCAGCUCGUCGGCGUGCUCAACGGCGCGGUCGCGGAGAUCUCGGGCCUCGCGGGCCGCCCGCUGAACGAGAUCCUCGUCGCGGUCGACGGCACGCUCCUCAGCGUCGCCGACGUCGCCGGGCUCCUCGCGCCGCUCUUCCGCCUCGUGCUCGACGCGCUCUGUGUCGUCUUCGGCGUCGCCGCGAAGCUCGGGCUCACCGCCGCGGUCGCGCCCCUCCUCGCGACCGUCACGUACGCGCUGUGCCCCGUCCUCAGCGUCGCCGCGCCGAUUGUGAACGGCCUCCUCGCCGCGGCCGCCCCGCUGCUCACCCCCAUCCUCGGCACCGCGUCUGUUCUGGGCCUCGGCCCUGUUAUCGGCCUGCUCCGGGGCGUCCUCGGCGGCCUCUAA